AUGGGCAAACAAUUGGAUAGCUUCUGUGAUUUGGUCUCCUUUUGCGUGGCUCCGUCAGUCAUGGUCUAUUCCGCUGGCUUUGAUACGGUGGCCGAUCAGCUAGCUUUGGCUUUCUUUGUCUGUGCAGGCGUUGCCCGCCUCGCAAGAUUUAACAUCGCUGCGCACUUGGUGCCCAAGAGUGAUCAGGGCAAAGCGAUGUACCAUGAGGGCCUUCCUACAGCAUAUGCGGCUCUUCUCAUUUCUACAGCAGUUGCUGUUGCGGAGUGGACAGGCUGUCUGGCAAGCUUGACUUCUGGCUCUCAUUAUCCAGUCAUUGUUGUUGUGCUCAUUUUCAGUGCCGCUAUGGUUAGCAAGCGGUUGCACCUAUACAUUGAUGGAGCCUACAGCAUCCCCGCUGUGAGCAUGUUGGUUUUCGCAGGGUGCUGGUCGCACUCACCGAUGCCAAUCAGGACUCUGCUAUGGUGA